CCCGCGCAGCCCCCUCCCCGCGCCCGUCCGGCCCUGCUGCACGCGCGCGCAGGUGCAGGGCGUGAGGCUGCGCCCGCCUGGAACAGUGCAGAUGCGGGCCCGCCAUGGAGCACAUCCGCACGCCCAAGGUUGAAAAUGUUCGCUUGGUAGACCGAGUGUCUUCCAAAAAAUCAGCCCUGGGUACUUUGUAUUUGACGGCUACUCAUGUCAUAUUCGUGGAAAAUGCACCUGAUACAAGAAAAGAAACAUGGAUUCUCCACAGUCAGAUUUCCACCAUUGAAAAACAGGCAACAACUGCUACUGGCUGUCCUCUGCUUAUUCGCUGUAAGAACUUUCAGAUUAUACAGCUCAUCAUACCGCAGGAAAGAGAUUGCCAUGAUGUGUAUGUCUCUCUGAUACGCCUUGCGAAGCCAGUGAAAUAUGAGGAGUUAUACUGCUUUUCAUUCAAUCCAAAGCUGGAUAAAGAAGAAAGAGAACAAGGUUGGAUGCUGAUCGAUCUCAGUGACGAAUACAAGCGAAUGGGCCUCCCUAAUAAUUUUUGGCAGCUCAGCGAUGUGAAUAGAGACUACAGAGUUUGUGACUCUUACCCUACCGAACUGUAUGUUCCCAAAUCAGCUACAGCACACAUCAUAGUGGGAAGUUCCAAAUUCCGGAGUAGACGGCGAUUUCCUGCCCUUUCAUACUACCAUAAAGAUAAUCACGCCUCCAUCUGCAGGAGCAGCCAGCCCUUGUCUGGUUUUAGUGCCCGGUGCCUGGAGGACGAGCAGAUGCUCCAGGCCAUCAGGAAAGCCAAUCCCAGAAGUGACUUCAUUUAUGUUGUGGACACACGACCUAAACUUAAUGCAAUGGCAAAUCGUGCUGCAGGGAAAGGCUAUGAGAAUGAAGACAAUUAUUCCAAUAUCAAGUUUCAGUUUAUCGGGAUAGAGAACAUCCAUGUCAUGAGGAACAGUCUGCAGAAAAUGCUGGAAGUGUGUGAACUUAAGUCUCCUUCCAUGAGUGAUUUCCUGUGGGGGCUGGAAAACUCCGGCUGGUUACGGCACAUUAAGGCCAUCAUGGAUGCAGGAAUCUUCAUUGCAAAGGCAGUUUCAGAGGAAGGGGCAAGUGUGCUUGUUCACUGCUCGGACGGCUGGGACCGGACUGCUCAAGUGUGCUCAGUGGCAAGCCUCCUCCUGGAUCCCCACUACCGGACGCUGAAGGGCUUCAUGGUAUUAAUCGAAAAGGACUGGAUUUCCUUUGGCCAUAAGUUUAAUCACAGAUAUGGCAAUCUAGAUGGUGACCCCAAAGAAAUCUCACCAGUAAUUGACCAAUUCAUUGAGUGCGUCUGGCAGCUAAUGGAACAAUUUCCCUGUGCCUUUGAGUUCAACGAGAGGUUUUUGAUUCACAUUCAACAUCACAUUUAUUCCUGCCAGUUUGGAAACUUCCUGUGUAACAGCCAGAAGGAGAGAGGAGAACUCAAAAUUCAGGAAAGAACAUACUCUUUAUGGGCUCACUUGUGGAAGAAUCGGGCUGACUACCUGAAUCCUCUGUUUCGAGCUGAUCACAGUCAGACCCAGGGAAGCCUUCAUCUCCCUACAACUCCGUGCAACUUCAUGUACAAGUUUUGGAGUGGGAUGUAUAACCGCUUUGAAAAGGGGAUGCAGCCCCGACAGUCAGUUACAGAUUACCUUAUGGCAGUGAAAGAAGAAUCCCAGCAGCUGGAGGAAGAACUCGAGGCCCUAGAAGAAAGAUUAGAAAAGAUUCAGAAAGUGCAGUUAAAUUGCACUAAAGUGAAGAGUAAACAGAGCGAAUCCAGCAGACCCUCAGGGUUUUCUACCUCGGACAACAGCACAGCCAACACACCCCAGGAUUACAGCGGGAACCUGAAGUCCUUUCCUUCUAGGAGCCCUUCGCAGGGUGAUGAAGAUUCUGCUCUGAUUCUAACCCAAGACAAUUUGAAAAGCUCAGAUCCAGAUCUGUCAGCAAACAGUGAUCAAGAGUCUGGGGUGGAGGAUUUGAGCUGUCGGUCUCCAAGUGGGGGUGAGCAUGCACCAAGUGAAGACAGUGGCAAGGACAGGGAUUCUGAUGAAGCUGUGUUUCUUACUGCCUGAAGUUUCCCUCUGGAGCCCCACGGUGAAGGGCCCAUGAAAACACUUCCAAAAAUAAGGGAACAGUGCAAUUCAAAAUAACUCAAGAAAUGGAACGUGUCAUCCAGAAUUAUAAAAUAUAGCUAUGGAAAUGGAAAAAGAUAUCCCUCUCUUAGUUUCUUUAGAUUCUGAAGAACUGGAAGUAGCCAAUUCUUUUAUCAAAUAUAAGGAAAAUUAUGUACCAUUUUGAAACUCACUCUAGACUGAAAAUUGUAUUCCUCCUGACCAAUUACUUCUGAGGUUAAUAUAAAUCUUCAUUGUCAUAGCAUGUAUCUACUCAAAAAGGCCUCUGACCCCUUUCCCUCAUACCUGUUAUCGUCUUGAACUUUUCCUCUCAUUUCACCUCCAAGGCAUAGUUUGUAUUUUCUAAAACAUUUGACAUCACUUUUCCCUUCUGACCCUGUUACCAAUAUUUCUAAAAGUAGGGCACAUUGUUGAGAUGCACUCUUUUUAAUAGAUGUACUCCUAGGGAGAUUUGACAUUGUUUAAGCUUUUUUUCAUGUAGAAUAAUUACUUUAACUUUUUUUUAGGUAAUAUAUUUUGAAGUGUUAUAAUUUUGUCCACUUUCUCUGAAAUCUCUUCUGUUUCCCUCAUCAUUUAAAAAAUGCUGAAAUUUAUAACUCGCUUUUUCUCUAACAUGGGUCUAAUACCUAAUAAAAUAGAAGCAACAUGAAAUCUCUGGGUCUUACAUAUGAAUUCAGAUCACAUUAGCAUUCUUGAUAACAACCUUUUAUUACUAUUUCAGAGACUACAGCUACCAGCCUAAUCACAAAGUAUAACAUUGUAAAGUUAGUAUGGUAAAUUAUCAGCAAGGGAAAAAUAUCAGUUAAGAAUUAGAGAAUUGCAUCAUCAUGCCCCCUAUAAGUAGGGGGAACUAGUUACAGCAUCUGUCAUUUUAGAAAUUAUGUAAUUGGUUAAUGUGGUUAAUUAACAUUAGUAACAUAAGAUAUCCACUGCUUAAUGAUGAACAUUAGCUGUGAAGUUUUCAUUUUAUUAAAAUGCACAUUUGAAACAGAAUCAUUCUCCUAUGUUAUGCCAAAAAGCAAACCUUUACUUUUGAAGAAAUAGUGGAGAAAAGUUGCCAUGUUUGAACAAAGAGAAAUAAUAUUCACAGUGUAUGGAUUAACAAUAUUAGUACAAUCUAGAAUUAAAAGGAUUCAUUUAAAAUUAAUUUUUACAGUUUAUAUGGUAUUUUAUUAAAUGUGUUGAUCUGUAUAAGGGAAUAUUAAGUUUUGCUGAAAUGGGAACAAGGUAAAGAAAAACGGCAAGAAAGUGACAGCGUUGAAAUCUCUAGUAUGAACUAUUUAGAGCAUAGUAAUAUAUAUGAGUGAAAUAGUAUAACUGCAAUUGUGUUCAUCAGACUUAAAAAUAGAACAAUUUUAAUAUAUUAAAAAUUUGUAAUAUAAAAGUACUGUUAAUGUAAAAAAAUAAAGCAAGUGCAAUUCUUCUUUUAAUAUAAAAUUUGAGCAUUUUCUGCUGAGUUCCUAAAUUAAGUGCAGCAAAUGUUUAUUCCUUUUCUGUAGUAUAGUAUACAGAAUAGGGAACACUAUGCUAAUAAAUACUUAGGAUAUAGUGGCAAUGGCUUUUAUACAUAACUUACUUCAUGUCAUUCUUAUAACUAUCCAUUUUUAGAAGUUGUUUUGCCUAAUACUGGAGAUGUGGUUUUAAUUUUUUCUAGUUGGCAGUGUAAUUCUACAAAAGCAGUCCUUUUUGUUUUAAAUGACACUGUCCAUGCCAAACAGGACUAUGCAUUUAUUGGGAAAGUUAAAGAGUAUAUUGGAUAUUUUACGUUUUAAUAUUUUAAUGUAACAUCUUCCACAUCAGAGCCGUAAACAUUUUAGUCCCCUCUGCCUUUUUACAAGACAUUGUAAUUUAAGUAUAUGUUCAUUUAUCAUGCUACUAGGAGUUAACACUGAAUCUACAUAAAAGGUUACAUUAUUAAAACUUAUGAAAACUGUACUGUGCUUUCAGUCUUGAUAAAGCAUGGCCAAUCUAAACAAAACUAAAAUUUCUAACACUACAUUUUCCUUUUAAACUUCAAUCAGGAAGUGUUUUGCUAUUUAUAGAAAUAAACAAGUGUGUAUAUCUGACAUUAGCAUAUUACUUCCCAAAUGGUAAUAUUUAGAGCUAAAGUGAUUUAUUAGUCAUACUAAGGUAAAUAUGAUAUUAAAUAGGUAAGAAUUUUGAUCAUCAUUAAGCACACCAAUAGCUGAAUUUUUACAGACUAAAGGAAGGUAAAGGAAAGGGGAUAAACCUGGAAUAAAUUUUUAUUUUUUUAAGAGCACAUGAUUAGUUUACUUUCCUAUCAUAACAAUGUCUUGGAGUUGUCCUUCAAUUUAACCAUAUACAAAUUAUGGUCAGUUUUUCUCAAAUAACCUUUCAUCCAAUAUACAUUACUUAGUCUCAGUUUAUUUGUAAGGAUUUCUUUUGACUUUGAAAUGGAUAUCUUUAGUAUGUAUCUUAAUGAUUUAGACCUUUCUUCUAUUUUGAAAGGCUAGCCAAACCUCUAUCCUAGAUAGCCUAAUAACUCCUAAACUUUGCUUUACAGUUUUCAUUUCCAUCAAGUCUUCUAUUAAAUAUUAUUGUACAAAAUCAGAAUGUGUACUUUGGCAUGCAUUCCUGUAGCAAAUUAUUACAAAGAAUUAUAGGCAUAAAAAAUUUUAAAUCAUUUAAUUUCUACUGCAGUAACAGAACCCAGACAUUCAAAUGCAGACAGACAUAUUCAGAUGCAGACUCUUUUCAUCCUAAAUGACAUACAUAACCUAUAUUUGAUCUAAUUGUCAAUUUGUUAGAUGCAAGUAAUUGAGAUCACACUGUAAUGACUGGUUUAUAAGGAGGUUGUCUAAUUUCAAAGGACAAACUAAGCUCCAUGGUAUGGAAUAAAACAGGGAGAAUCCAAGUUUAAAGAAAAAAAGAAUUACUCAAAAUGAUUGUGUGUGUGUGUCUGUGUGUACUGGAAGGUAAAUAAACACCUAAAUGCUGUUCAAGUUAUCUUUGUAUAGUAUUUCCACAAUGCCUUAUUUUUAGUAGGUGCUUAAUACAAUUAGUAGAUCAAAUGAAUUAAUGUUCUUUUAGAAGGGCUCUGGACUGCCUGCCUCUUGUUCUAGGAUAUACCUGGUUUCUAAGAAAGCUACUUGAUUUAUAAAAAGUUGGGACUGUUGCAUCUUACACUGACUUCUGGGAAUAUUAAGCUCUGAUGGCCAGGGCAAUAUGGAAAUGUUUCUGAAUGCCCAAAAAUCUCAAUUUGAAACACUAUCUCUUACCUUAGUAAUCUCAUCUAUAAAUAAAAGAUAAUCAUUUUA